AUGAGCAAUGCCAUCCGACAUGGUCAAAGAUUAUGUCGUCGUCAUUAUGGUUUACCUGCUUCAGCUAUUAGUAUGGGAUCUGAUCCCCGAAAAGAUAAAAAUGUACAACUGACUCCUUUGAGAGGCGUCAACGUCUUACACGAUCCCUUACUCUCAAAAGGUACGGCUUUUAGCUUGGCCGAGAGAGAACGUCUUUCAAUUCGUGGAUUGGUUCCUCCUCGCUGUCAAGAAAUGGAUAAACAGCUUUUACGAAUUAAACGUAAUUUGGAUGCUUUGGGCACACCGUUGGCCAAAUUUGUUUUCUUGACUGCCCUUCAGGAUCGUAACGAAACACUAUUUUACAAGCUAUUGAUAACCUACUUGGAUGAAUUAGCCAGUGUCAUUUAUACCCCUACAGUGGGCGAAGCAUGUUUAAUGUCACAUUCUAUAUAUCGUCGUCCCCGUGGUAUGUAUUUCUCGUCCCAAGAUAGAGGUGUUAUGUCCGCCAUGGUACACAACUGGCCCCAUGAUGAAGUUGAUGUCAUCGUCGUUACAGAUGGUUCUCGUGUAUUGGGCUUGGGUGAUUUAGGUGCCAAUGGUAUGCAGAUCCCCAUUGGUAAACUAAGUUUGUACGUUGCUGCAGGUGGUAUUCGUCCUCGUUCAGUCCUUCCUGUUGUUUUGGAUGUAGGUACCAGCAAUGAAAAACUCUUAAACGAUCCUUUAUAUCUUGGUAUGGGACAUCCUCGACUAGAAGGCGAUGAUUAUUACUCUUUUGUUGAUGAAUGGGUGACGGCUAUUCAAAGCAGAUGGCCCAAUGCACUUAUUCAAUUUGAGGAUUUCAAGUACCCUCAUGCUUACAACUUGUUGAACAAAUAUCAAGAUAAGAUUACUUGUUUCAAUGACGACAUCCAAUCUACUUCUGCUAUUACAUUAGCUGGUAUUUUGGCUUCUCUUAAAGCUCGUGGCCGCCCUGCGGAAGCCUUGAAUGAAGAACGUAUUGUUUGUGUUGGAGCAGGCUCCGCUGGUGUCGGUGUGUGUGAAGGCAUUAUCGAUGCUAUGGUAUCUCAAGGAAAGGUUAAAUCACGAGAAGAAGCCUAUUCACGUAUCUAUAUGUUGGAUCAACAUGGCCUUUUGGGCAACCCUGCGUUGGCUAGAGAUGAAGGGGAAGAGCAAUCCAUUGUAGGUCAUGGUGAGCGCCAAUUAGAUGAACGUCAACGUUGUUACGUUAAAGCCAAUUUAAGCGAUCGUUUAAGUCUUGAGCAAGUCAUUGAAAAAGUGAAGCCUACUGUUAUUUUGGGCUUGACCGGUGUUCCUGGUGUAUUUUCUGAAAAGGCUAUUCGUACUAUGGCAAAAUACCAAGAAAAACCCGUUGUCUUCCCUUUGAGUAAUCCUGAUACCCGUGCUGAAUGCACAGCUGAACAAGCUUUUAAAUGGACAGAUGGUCGCGCUAUCUUUGCUUCUGGUAGUCCUUUCGCUGAUGUUCCUUUACCUAGUGGUCGAAUUGGAAGAACCAAUCAAUGUAACAACUCUUAUAGUUUCCCCGGCCUCGGAUUGGGUGUCACUGUUUCAAGAGCCACUCGCGUAACCCCUAACAUGUUCUUGGAAACUGCCAAGACCAUUGCUAACAUGGCCACUCCUGACCAAUUGAAAGAAGGUACAUUAUUCCCUGGUGUUCGCCAAUUACGUGAUGUUGCUUUGGCUGUUGCUACACGUGUAUGCGAGGUUGCUUAUGAGGAAAAUGUCGCUACGGCACGUUUGAAAGAAGGCGAAAUUUUGACAGAUGUCGUCCAGAGUUCCAUGUUUGUUCCUGAAUAUGUUCCUUUGGUCCAUUCUCCCAACACUCAUUAA